UGCAAAUUUUAUUUAGAUAUGUGGUCAAGAAUUCUUCUGAGUAUUCUGUCCUUGACCUGGAUUGCCACAGUGUCUUCUGAACUCCAGUACGUGCUGCUGGUCCCGACGACAGUGCGGAGUGACUCUCCGCAGGCUGCUUGCCUGCUGCUUCACAACCUCAGUGAGCCUCUGUCUCUGACCACCACCCUGGAGUAUGGCAGUAUCCAGAAGACUCUCUUUGAGGAAUCUGUGACAAAGAAUGAUUUCUUCAAGUGCUAUGAGUUCAAGGUUCCCUCUGCUACUUCUGACCCUCUGGCAUUUAUUUCCUUCUCUGCCAAAGGCACCACAGUCGACUUAUCUGAGAGAAGAUCAGUGGCAAUUCAAAAUGUGGAUAGUACUGUCUUCAUCCAGAUGGAUAAACCCAUCUACAAACCAGGGCAAACAGUGAGGUUUCGUGUGGUUGGUUUAGACACUCAGUUCAGACCUGUUGAGGAGACAUAUCUCCGAAUCAUCAUCGAGGAUCCAGAGCAAAACAAGAUCUUCCAGUGGUUGGAGGUAGCCUCUAAGAAUGGAAUUGUCCAGCUCUCCUUUCCACUAAUUCCAGAGCCUAUUCUUGGGUCCUACCACAUCACUGUGGAAAAGAAGUCAGGUGAAAAACACUACCAGUACUUCAGAGUGGAAGAAUAUGUGCUGCCGAAAUUUGAGGUGACAACCAGCGUGCCAGGGAGGAUUUCUUUCUUUGAUGAAGAAAUCAAGCUGAACGUUUGUGCUUCGUACACUUAUGGCCAACCAGUGCAAGGCAAUGCCCGAAUCAAUGUGUGUCAGCAGCGCUUCCACAGUCCACGGUGUGAGCAAAAUCGGAGAGCUGAGUGUGAAACUGUCACUGGCCUGCUGGGGAAGGAUGGUUGCCUCAACACUGCCAUCUUCAUCAAGUCUCUCCAGCUGUAUCGCAGCUAUGCCACGAUGUAUACCAACCUCCGUGUAGAAAGCAUCGUCACGGAGAAUGGAACAGGUAUCCAGGUGAAAGGCUCUAACUAUGUUUCAGUCAGCCAAGAAAAUGACAGAGUGAUGUUCAAGAAUAUGGAUGUCUAUUACAAAAGGGGAAUUCCUUACAAUGGUGAGAUCACUGUGACAACUGUGGAUGAUGAACCUGUUGCUGGUAGGACUGUCCUGCUAGAACUCAAUGAAAAAUACCUUGCCAACUAUACCACCGACAAGAACGGCACUGCUGCUUUUUCCAUCGACACAUCCGACUUCUUUGAUCCCAGUUUUACUUUGAGAGUCAGGCAGGCACCGGAUGAGUGCAAGGAUUUCUUCAUCUGGAGGAACGAUGAUGAGCCCCAAGCCUUAUUUUUGGCCAGGCGUUUCUACUCACGGACCAACAGUUUUGUGAAAAUUCAGCCACCAAGGGAGAAGCUCAGCUGUGGCCAGCAGCAAUCAAUCAACAUACACUAUGCCCUACAGGGCUACAGGAAUGCCACGCAUGCAGACUUCUACUAUGUGGUGAUGACAAAAGGAAAAAUUAUCCUCAGUGGCCAGAAGCAAGUCAGCAUCUCUGGUGCUCCCAGAGGUACAUUUGCAAUCACACUGACUGUCACUGAGAAGUUUGGUACCAGUGCCAGGCUGUUGCUCUACACAGUGCAUCCUCAUGGGGAGAUAGUGGCUGACAGCUCUUGGAUACGCAGCGAAGUGUGCUUCAAAAACAAGCUCCAUCUGGAGUUCUCUGAGAAGCAGGGCCUCCCAGGUUCUAAAAUCAGUCUCCACCUUGAGGCUGCUGCCAACUCCUACUGUGCCCUGCGAGCCACAGAUCAGAGUGUCUUCCUCCUUCAGUCCGAACAGGAGUUAUCUGCUGAGAGUGUAUACUACCGUCGAGGUCUGACCGAUUUAUAUGGCUACUACUACCGUGGGCUCAACCUUGAGGACGACAAGCCGGAGCAGUGCACCCCGGUCAGAGCCACCUUUUUGGACGGCUUGUACUACGAGCCUGUGAAUGUCAGCCGUGACGGUGAUGUUUACAGGGUUUUCAGGGAUAUGGGCCUGAAGGUCUUCACCAACUCUAUGCUACGGAAGCCAGUUCUGUGCAAUGAAAACAAAUCAGAUUUGGAAGAUUUCCCUACCUAUUUGCACCACGGUUUUGGCGCUGAGGGUGCUUCUGCCACAGAUGAGGUAAGGCUCACUGGUGGAGGUGGUAUUAGCACCCUGCGGAAAUUCUUCCCUGAGACCUGGAUUUGGGAUCUGGUCCAUACUGAUUCCAAGGGAGAAGUAGAUGUCUUGUACACCAUUCCUGACACCAUCACAGAAUGGAAAGCCAGUGCUUUCUGUGUGCAGGAUGAUGCUGGGUUUGGCAUCUCCACCCCGGUUUCCGUGAAAGCAUUCCAACCGUUCUUCGUGGACCUCACUUUGCCCUACUCUGUCAUUCGAGGGGAAAGAUUUAACUUAAUAGCCAAUGUCUUCAACUACCUCAACAAGUGCAUUCAGAUUACUGUCAUACUGGCAACAUCAAAUGACUACGAGGCAGAAGUCCUUUCACCAGAGAGCAACGUGGCAAGACUGUGUGGCAAUGAGAGAAAAACAUUUAUUUGGGCGGUGACCCCCCACAAACUUGGUGAGGUGAAAUUCACCAUCACUGCCGAAGCCAAACUGAAUACUGAAGAUACUGGAAAUGGAACAUCCUCAGAAGAGGAAGCAGUUCACAGGGACACCCUGGUUCAAAGCCUGCUUGUUGAGCCUGAAGGUAUUAAAAAGGAAUUGACUCAGAGCUCCCUCAUCUGCACAGAAGGUACAACAGUUUCUGAACCAGUGUCUCUCAGCCUACCAAGAAACCUGGUGCAGGGAUCAGCCAGAGCUUAUUUUUCUGUCGUUGGAGACAUUUUGGGCACAGCCCUGAGGAACAUGGAGAACCUGCUCCAUAUGCCCUAUGGCUGCGGGGAACAGAAUAUGGCAUUGUUUACACCCAACAUCUAUGCCCUGGAUUAUCUGAAUAAGACUGGGCUUCUGACUGAAGAGAUUAGAGUCAAGGGUAUUGGGUAUUUAUCUACAGGGUACCAAAAGCAGCUGUCAUACAAACACCGAGAUGGAUCCUACAGCUCCUUUGGGACACGGGAUCGGGAAGGGAGUGUAUGGCUCACUGCCUUUGUGUACAAGUCGUUUGCACAAGCCAGACGCUACAUCUACAUCGAUGACAACGUCCAGUCUCAAGCUUUGCUCUGGCUGGCAAGCAAGCAGAAGUCAGAUGGCUGCUUUGAAAAUGCUGGGUCACAUUUCAACAACGCUUUCAAGGAUGAAGAGGAAGGUGAAUACUCACUCACAGCCUAUGUUGUGGCAGCAUUGCUGGAAGCUGGACACUCUGCUGCGCAUCCUGUUGUUCAGAGCGGCAUAAACUGCUUGGAGACUGCAUUCAGCAAGGGCAUCAACAACCUGUACAACCAGGCCCUCUUUGCCUAUGCUUAUGGAUUAGCUGACAAUGAGAACAGACGCCAGUUCUUCCUGGAGAAGCUGGACCAGACAGCUACCAGAGAGGGUGGUUCACUCCAUUGGCAGAGAGAACAUAAGCCACCAGCAGAGCGUGUCCCUGUUUUCUACUCCCGUGCACCUUCAGCUGAAGUGGAAAUGACCAGCUACGUUCUCUUGUCUUUGCUCAACAAAGCCAGACUCAGCUCAGAAGACCUCUCUUACGUUUCCCGCAUUGUGCACUGGCUUGUCAAGCAACAGAACCCCUACGGCGGCUUCUCCUCCAGCCAGGACACUGUUGUUGCUCUCCAAGCCUUAGCCCGUUAUGGAUACCUCACGUUCUCUAAAAAAGGUCUUAACACAGUCAAAGUCAACUUCCUGGGCUCCUCCAGUAAGACUUUCCAGGUGAAUGACCAGAACCGCUUCUUACUGCAGCAGGCUUCCUUCCCGACUGUUCCAGGGAACUACAGCAUGGAAGUGAAUGGCACUGGCUGCGUCUACCUGCAGAGCACCCUGAGAUACAAUGUCCUCUUACCAAAAAGAGAUGCAGGAUUUUCUCUCUCAGUACAAGCAGCAAAUGUGACCUGCACAAGCAACUUCCCACCAAAGUUUGACCUUGUCCUCUCUGCCAGGUACACAGGAAACCGCAAUGUCUCCAACAUGGCUAUUGUUGAUGUGAAAAUGCUCUCAGGUUUUGUUCCCAUCAGAUCUUCCCUGGAAAAGCUUCAGAACCAGGACUCUCUUGUUGAUCGUGUAGAUAUCAAGAACAAUCACAUCCUCUUCUAUCUGCAAAAGGUCUCCCAGAAGGAAGUCAACUUCUCUUUCAGUGUGGAGCAAAGCCUGCCUAUCUCAGAUAUCAAACCAGUGCCAGUACAUAUCUAUGAUUACUAUGAAACAGACGAAUAUGCCCUUGCAGAAUACAAAUCACCCUGCUCCCAGCCUUCCAACUGAAAUCAGUUAAGUGCCUGAAGAGGUAACGCUUCACAAAGUAUCAGACAAACAUUUGUAGAAGAAGAACAAGAUGAGCAACUUGGGAAGGCAAUGAUAAGCACAUAGAAGCAUGAAGAAUAAGCAAACCCCAAAUUGCAGUAGAUCAGAAUGACCCAUUCUCACCCACACUUCAAAAGAGCUGGGGGUCAGUGUGGAUCAGGAACUCCAGAUAGAGCUUUUCCUAGCAAGGGAGAUGUGGUGCAAUUAAUUGUUAACUUCCACCAUCCAUCUGUUUGGAAACUCCUGACAUUGUGUCAAGUUCAACUCCCGGAAUGUCUGUUCUUGGCCACAGAUUCCUCUUAAGGAACCCAGAGCUAUGAAAAUAAUCUGCUGUUGCUGCUUCUGUAGGGUUUGGUUUGGUCUUUCAACCACUCCUGAAGGAAGGUUCUGAAUAAAUUACUUUGAUCCUCA